CAGGGUCCUUGCGGCCGCCGUAGUCAAGUGGCCGGUGGAAUUGGCCCAGGAUGACAGCUGGAGAAUGGAGUCAGUUUUAUCCAAAUAUGAAAACCAGAUUACUAUUUUUGCUGACUACCUAGAAGAAUUUCCAGAUACGGAUGAGCUGGUAUGGAUCUUGGGGAAACAGCAUCUCCUUAAAACGGAAAAAUCUAAGCUGUUGUCUGAUAUAAGUGCUCGUCUGUGGUUUACAUACAGAAGGAAAUUUUCGCCAAUUGGGGGAACUGGCCCUUCAUCAGAUGCCGGCUGGGGAUGCAUGCUCCGCUGUGGACAGAUGAUGCUGGCUCAAGCUCUUAUCUGCAGACACUUGGGCAGGGACUGGAACUGGGAGAAACAAAAAGAACAACCCAAAGAAUACCAACGGAUCCUACAGUGCUUCUUAGAUAGAAAGGAUUGUUGCUACUCUAUCCAUCAAAUGGCACAAAUGGGUGUAGGAGAAGGGAAAUCAAUUGGCGAAUGGUUUGGACCAAAUACAGUUGCACAGGUGUUAAAAAAACUUGCUUUAUUUGACGAAUGGAAUUCCUUGGCUGUUUAUGUUUCAAUGGAUAACACAGUGGUCAUUGAAGAUAUCAAAAAAAUGUGCUGCGUCCUUCCCUCAAGUGCUGACACAGUUGGUGAGAGCCCCCCUGGCACUCUGAAUGCUUCGAAUCAGAGUAGGGGCACCUUUGCCUGCUGCCCAGCCUGGAAACCCCUGCUGCUUAUUGUGCCCCUUCGCCUGGGCAUAAACCAAAUCAAUCCUGUCUAUGUCGAUGCGUUCAAAGAGUGUUUUAAGAUGCCCCAGUCUUUAGGUGCCUUAGGAGGAAAACCAAAUAACGCCUAUUAUUUCAUAGGAUUCUUAGGUGAUGAGCUCAUUUUCUUGGACCCUCACACAACCCAGACUUUUGUUAACACCGAGGAAAAUGGAACAGUUGAUGACCAGACUUUCCAUUGCCUGCAAUCCCCUCAGCGAAUGAACAUCUUGAACUUGGAUCCUUCCGUAGCAUUGGGAUUUUUCUGCAAAGAAGAAAAAGACUUUGAUAACUGGUGUAGCCUUGUUCAGAAGGAAAUUCUAAAGGAAAAUUUAAGGAUGUUUGAAUUAGUUCAGAAACACCCAUCGCACUGGCCUCCCUUUGUUCCUCCAGCCAAGCCAGAAGUGACAACUUCUGGGGCAGAAUUCAUCGACUCUACUGAGCAACUAGAGGAGUCUGACCUGGAGGAAGAUUUCGAAAUUCUGAGUGUAUAGAAUAAUGGAACCUCAUCUUGGUGAUCUGUCUUCCACCUGGCACCAGAAGAACACGAAGCCCUUACAUAACACUUUUCUAGUCAGCAAGUGCCUGAUAUGCCAACAGCAUACAAACUUGAUAGCAAUCAUGACUGAGCCAAUCACCAUUUCUCAGAAAACAAACAACAGCAACCCUUCCCCAGAAUGAACUAGAACAAUCAUGGAAUGUAGGAGCAGAAAGAAUUAGGAGCUGUCCCUUGCUUCCCAGCUUGUCUUACCUGGCCACCGCAAGUCUUCAGCUACUGAAACGAGAAGGUGGAGGUCAGACAGCAGCUCCCAUCUUGCUUCCAGCACCAGCAGAGGAGAGAUGGUUACCCUGUGCUUCUUCACCCUUUCAGGUGUGACCUCUUUGGAGCUAAAUACUAAGAAGCAAUCUAAUCUAUUCUCUUUCUCUAAUAAUAAAGUGAUUGCAUCAGGGAGAGAAAGUUCUUGUUAAAUUAUUUGAAUAUGUAUUUUAAAUAAUUAUAAUUUACAUCAAAAAUGUGUCAAAGAAACUAUAUCAAAUGUGCACUCAUUGGCCUCCUUCCUAUUUGAGGGAACCUCACCAUUUGAUGGGUUACUGUCACCGUCCUUACUGAUGUUUUUGUCAGAUGUCACCCUAUCCUUAAAUCAAAUCAUGAUCGCUUAAAUCAGGGGUUGGCAAACUUUCUGUGAAGGGCCAAAUAGUAAACAUUUUGGGCUUUGCAGGCCACGUGGCCUCUGUCACAGCUACUCAGCUCUGCUGUUGAGGUGCAAAAGUAGCCAUAGACAGCGUGCACACAAAUGAACCUGGCUGUAAGCCAAUAAAACUUUAUUUACAAAAACAGGUGGCGAGCUGGAUUUGGCCUGCAAGCUGUAUAGUUUGCCAGUCACUGACUUAAAUGUUGAUUUGGGGGAAAUAAAAAAUUGUGUCUGAAUUAGACUCCACUUUGGUUGGCAGUCAUAAUUAGAAAAAAAUUAUUCAUGUGGUGACAUUUAAUCUUAAGUACAUCAGAUGCCAUUCCAAACCACUUCAGGAUGAGCAACAGAGUAAAUCUUAAAAUCUUUUCGUCAAAUUGGCUUUGCUAAACACUCUUUUGUGUGGAUAUACCUCAAGUCCAAGUGGUGUCUUCCCAUUUUCCUCUCCUUACCUGUUAACUUGUGUGCAUUUCACCUCCCUCCUCCACCAAGUCCCCAAGGAAGGCCAGCAACACAGCUUGAAAGCUCGCACAAAACCCAAGUUUGCUUUGUUUUGCUUGUAUAUUUAGGAACAUUAGAACAUUUGUUUCCUUAAAUUCCAUUUUAUUCUUUUUUUUCCCAGUAGGCAGUAUAUUACAGUGGUUCAAAAUUCAAAAGGUGCAAAAUGGUUUGCAGUGAAAUGUCUGUGUCUCCCACAGGUCGGUUCCCUUCCUGAAUGCUCCCAGUGUCGUUACUUUCUUGUUUAUUGGUCCAGAAUAUCUAUAUUCUGCAUAUACAAAUAUAUGCAUAUAUGUCUUAUAUUUGGUUUCAACAACCUUGUUUCUCUACUUUUGAUUUGUCUAUAAAGGAUCCUGUAGACCCAGAGUAUAAAAACCCAUUUCUUGAACUCUAGCCUGGAUAGGGCUAAAAACAGUUAUAGGCAUAUUUUGAAACAAG